AUGAUGACCUCGUGGCUUCUGGGCCGGCGGGGCCCCUCCGGCUUCUCCUGGAGCUCCACCGCCGACCAAAUCACGCAGGGCAUCUCCGCCGCCGGCCUCACCGCCAUCGUCACGGGGGCAUCCAGCGGCAUCGGCGCCGAGACGGCGCGGACGCUGGCGCUGCGCGGGGCCCACGUCGUCAUGGCCGUCAGGAGCCUCCCCGCUGCCCAGGCCGUCAAGGACGCCGUCCUCGCCCAGGCGCCGGAGGCAAAGCUCGACGUCAUGGAGCUCGACCUCUCGUCCAUGGCCUCCGUCCGCGCCUUCGCGUCCCAAUUCAUCGAAAGGGGUCUCCCCCUCAACAUCCUCAUCAACAAUGCAGGAGUAAUGGCAAUACCUUUUGCGCUUUCAAAGGAUGGAAUUGAGAUGCAAUUUGCAACUAAUCAUGUUGGGCAUUUCCUGCUGACACACCUUCUAUUAGAUACCAUGAAGAAGACCUCUCGUGAAUCAAAUGUGGAAGGAAGAAUUGUCAACGUUUCGUCAGAGGGGCACAAACUUGCAUAUGGGGAAGGCAUCCGUUUUGACAAGAUCAACGAUGAAUCGGUGUAUAGUAGCAUUGGAGCAUAUGGUCAGUCAAAGCUUGCAAACAUCUUGCAUGCUAAUGAACUUGCCAGGCGAUUCCAGGAAGAGAAUGUCAACAUAACUGCAAAUUCUCUUCAUCCUGGCUCCAUUAUCACGAACCUUCUUCGCUACCACAGUAUCCUAGAUGUUCUCCAUCGUACGCUUGGUAAAUUGGUGCUGAAAAAUGCUGAGCAGGGUGCAGCGACUACAUGCUAUGUGGCACUCCACCCGCAGGUGAAGGGCGUGUCCGGGAAGUACUUCUGCGACAGUAACCUGUACGAGCCAAGCGCGAAGGCCAAGGACAUGGAGCUGGCCAAGAGGCUCUGGGAUUUCAGCGUCGAGCUCGUCACCUAG